AUUGUCAAAACGGAAUGCGGCAAGGUGGCACAGGCUAGACAGAGGGUGGAUGGGAUUAGUUCUGUUAAACGAAAAUGUGAAGAUUUUAUUAUCGGGGCUGUAAAUUGUACACAUGUGGUUGCAGGGGUUUAGGGAUUUUAGCGUUCGUACCAUUGCAUUUUAAUCUAUUGCAAAGCUUGGUGUAAGUUGUUUUUGCGAUGCUUUCGGCUUAUUGUAAAAGUAACUUGAUAACAUGUGCAAAAGGACAUGUACUUAGUCCCUUAGUGGACAGAUACAGUGCUGUAGCUCUGUCUUGUGGAUUGUGGAGCACGACAAACGUUAUGAAAGCAUCGCCGGCAACUUCGGAACAGAAAACAUUCAUAAAGCACACAAAGACAGAAAGGAAAUGCUUCCAAAGGUUGAAAGCCCCGCUAUCUUCCCGUGGACAGUCGCUAAACUUUGAAGAGUGCUUUACAGACGGGCUGCUUGUUCUCAGGUCAACUUUUAAUACGGGACGUUGUGUUGUGCGUAAGGAUAGUUCAGCUUCUGCUCUGCCAAUUGCUGUGCACCCAACACAACAAAAUAGUUUUUCUUUUCAAACUCAGGGAAACACAGCUAUUGACGGUAGGCUGAAAGGAUGUUGGGAACAUAGUAUGAAAUACUCCCGUUUGACUUUCCUUUCUACAAAACUUGAACCUGUCUUCCGCACAAAUGCAACCUUGGGGGGCUCAGGUGUACCUCAAUGCGGUAGGGGCUACAGCAGUACUACUUCUGGGAAGCCCCCAGGAGAUGGCAAUCAUAGCCUGUCAAAAGAGAAGCGGAGUGGGAACGAAUCGUCUCCUAACGCAGAGGAGAAGACCCUGUCUCGACCCGAAGGAUUGUCUAAUUUUAAAGAGCUGUAUGAAAACCCAUGGACGAUUCCAAAUUUCCUGUGCAUGGCAAGAAUUGGAUUGUCUCCAGUUCUGGGGUACCUGAUUGUGGAGAAGGAUUUCAAUUUAUCUCUCUGCCUUUUUGUUUUGGCUGGAGUGACAGACCUGCUGGAUGGCUACAUUGCACGUAACUGGGCCAGUCAGAAAUCUGCUUUGGGCAGUGCUCUUGACCCACUGGCAGAUAAAAUUCUCAUCAGUGUUCUGUAUAUCAGCUUGACUUAUGCGCAUCUCAUUCCAGCUCCACUGACUGCAAUGGUUAUUUCAAGAGACAUUGCUUUGAUUGCAGCUGUUUUUUAUGUCCGAUACAAAACUGUCCCACCUCCAAGAACCAUUAGUAAGUACUUCAACCCAUGUUACGCUACUGCUCAGUUGAAGCCAACAUUUAUUAGUAAGGUGAACACUGCGGUCCAGCUGGCUCUAGUGGCUGCGUCUUUAGCUGCACCUGUCUUUCACUAUGUGGACAGCAUAUUCCUUCAGGCUCUGUGGUAUAUUACAGGACUCACAACAACAGCAUCUGCAUACAGCUAUUACCACUAUGGUAAAAAGACUGUCCAAGUGUUAAACAAUACAAAAUAAUUUUUGGCAGAAACACUGUACUUCAACACUAAAGCAGAAUUAUGUGAUUCAUUACAGUUUUUUUUGAUGAUCAAUGCAAAUAUUAUCUAAACUUUGGAAAUUGUACUUUUCAAGGAAAACAAUUAUGGAAUUUCUGUGCUGUAUCUGUAACUGACGGUUGACUUACACUUUACUGAAUCACACCAAUCACAAGGGAAUUUAAGUUCCGAUCAACUGAAUUUGAUGUGCACUUAAAAUGGUAAAAUUUUCAAAAUGUCACAUAAACUUGGGACAUGUUUUAUAUUCAGUUAAGAUUCAGCCUCUCUUAUGGAAGCCUCAUCAUGAACACCUAAACAUUUUUAAAUGUUUAUAUCAUGAGGAAUCUGAAAAUGUUCUGACAUAAAUAAUUAAAAAAAUAGACAAUCACAAAACUUGUCUGUCUUUUCUAUGUGUUGAUGCAGUUACAAGGAGGAUAAAGCUUAAAAUACUGUUGCACACAUUUAAGAAUUGCUGUCAGAGGUAUAUCGGAUGCUUUUACACUGCAUGUGUUGAAAUAUUAAACAGGAAUAUAAUACUCCGAUUGAAUUUUCCAAAACAAAAGACUUCUGAAUACCAGUCAUUCCACACAAACGCAAGAUCUUUACAUUGAACUUGGAAAAGUCAUGUCCUCUAUAUAAGAGGCAGCAAUGUCAAAUAUGGUAAUAAUAAUUAAACUUAUUUGGUUGUUUUAGAAAAUAGUUAAAGAUUGUGAUACUUCACUUAUGCAAUAUGUUGAUAAGUAUGUCAGUGAUUCAUAAGGAUCAAAACACAGUGCAGUCAAGAAAAAAUGUUAUACACUUUGACGGUAAUGAAAAAAACAUUAUUGAUGGAAAAUAUAAUCAUGGAAAAUAUCACUGAAUGGAACUGAAUUUUAAUUAACCUUAUACAAUAAUGACUUUGUGUUGUUGUAAUGACUUUCAACAAUUCUUGGACAUU